AUGGCCACUUACGAAACCUGUGUGUCGCUGCUUGUGAUGGCAGGCACCGCGGCGCUCACGGCGGGCUGCAGGCAACUGGUCUGCCAGUUUAGAUACCGUAAACCGACCCUGUACUCCUUCCUCAUGGAGCUAAGCGGCUCCUUCCAGAUCUGUGCCUGCACCCAUGAGCUUCGCCUGCUGGCCGAUUUGCCGCCCAAACCUCAGAUUGCCCUCGCCCUCACCUAUGUCUUCACCGCUUUCCACGGCUGGUCAUUGCCCGACAGCAACAACAACCCUGCCUCCAGCUUUCAGCUCCUCUCCAGGAACAGGGCCUGGCGCCGCCGGGCCUGGCGGCUCCAGACGUCAGCUCAGUUUAUCGGUGCGCUGCUGGCAAACAUUUACAUCAAGUCGAUCUGGAGAUUGGGGGUCAUACCGGCACAUUCGAGGGCGCUGGGAGAGAGCUGCAGCUACCCGAUCCAGACUACCCUAGCCAGCGCUUUUCUUCUUGAACUCCUCUUCUCCUUCUUGGUCCAUCUGGCCUUGCUGAAAUUCGAAUCGAUGAAUCACGAGAGAAAAAUUCAUCUUCUUGCUUUGCUGAUCACCACUUUCGUAUAUGAAGGAGGGCAUCUCACUGGGGCAAUAUUCAACCCAGCUCUGGCUUUCUCUUUGCACUUGAGUUGCUUCCUGGAGAAAUUCUGGAAUUACACACUGGUGUACUGGGUAGCACCCUGCAUAGGGUCCAUCUUGGUGGCUGUCGUGUGGGAUGAAGUCAUUCCGCACACACGCAGCCAAUUUAACAUCCAGGAGAGUCUAUAA